CAAGAACAUGUUUUAGAAUGUUAUUGGGAAGGAUUUAUUCAAGAACUAUUUGGCGGUGGAAGUGGUAGAUGCAUGUUUCGAGUUGCAAAACACAUCCGCCAAGCUAAAAAAGCUGAAGGGUGCGAAUAUGAUUCUAUAUUCAGAGUUGGAAAAG